CCUCCAGGCCAUACAGCAUACAUUGAGAAUCCCAUACAUCACUCUGGACUUGGCAUAGCAUCGUUCAUCCUCCAACAUGCCGCCCAAAUCCAUCUGGCGUUCAGCCGAUGCUCAGCACUUCACUCUCGUGCAUAGAUCUCAACGGGAUCCUCUCAUCAAUGACCCCGACGCUCCCACCCGAGUGCUCGCAGCCACACAGCGCCGGCAAGGCAAAGGGCAACCAGUCUCACGAAAGGAGCUGGAAGACGAGUUCAAGGGCAAGGACAGGAAGAACAUCGGAGAAGCUGCUCAGUAUGGCGUCUACUUUGAUGAUACCGAAUAUGACUAUAUGCAGCAUCUCAGGCCCAUUGGGGGCACCUACAAUGCUCAGAGAGGAGGGAAGGACGAGGAGAUGGAUGUAGAUGUAGUCAUGCUGCCGGGACCUGAGGGCACGGCUCAAGACAAGGGGAAAGCAAAGGCAGGAGGAAAUCUGACAUUCAAGGACGAGGCUGGCCCCAGCAAGGGAGGUCUUGACCUGCCCGAGGAAGUGUUAGCAAACAACAAUGAGAUGCCCCGAGACUGGGCGAGGGGAACAGAAGAAGAGGGAGGACUGAGGCUCGAUAUGGACCCUCAUCUCAGACAAGCCUUGGAGGCUCUCGACGACGAAGCCUUCCUAGUAGGCAAGGCAAAGCAGAGGAGACUCGAGGCAAGCAAGCGGGCGGCCAUGGCGGCAAGCGAAGCCUCUGCUACUGCUUCUUCGUCCUCGCAACCUGCUGAAAGUGAAGAAGAAAUUUCCCUGGACGACUUUGAUUUCGAUGGAACGGAUGACUUCGACGACGAAUCAGAAUUUGAUGACUUGUUCGCCACAGUCAUCAAGUCGGGGGAGUACGAUCCGGAUUCAGCUGCCGAUGAGGAGUGGCGGAAAUUGCCCCCUGGAGGAGACGAGGCUCUCUACCUCACCCCGGCAGACAAGGCUAGGCAGAAGCUGCAGGAAGGCGGUGGUGACGAUGCAAGUCUGAGCUUGACGGACAGAGUGGCCUUGUUCAAGCAAGGUCUCGCACCAGGAGCAGUUGCCGUGGCAGACGAGAAGCCGUCCGCCCUCCCAGCAGCCGCUGCAAAGACACGCAAAGCCCCAUCCUCGAUGGGCGGCUCUUCUAUUUUUGGGGAUGGCCCGGGCAAAAAGUCAAAGCCAGGGUCGAAAGCUCGUCAUGCAAUGUCAUUCUAUGCUCCCAGUGCUGAUGGUGGCUCGACGGCUUGGAGUAUGAGCUCCAGCGCUAUGGCAAGGAAUGCUGGGCUGAGGGGCCUCGACGAUAAUUUCGACAGGCUCGAGCAAAUUUACGAACAAGACGUCGACGAGGAAGACGAAGAGGACGAAGAGGGGGGAUUUGUUCGAGAAGACUUCGAGUCCAUUUUGGAUGAGUUCCUCGAGAAGCACGAGGUCAUUGCAGGCAAGCUCAAGCAACGACUUGGUGCUCCAGAGUCUUCCGCCAUUGAGAAGCUCGACAUGAUUCGCAAGGAGAUUGGACAAGCCAAGAUUGAUCAGUGGCUCAAUGAGCGCGAGGAGACGCAGGAGGAGAUCGACAAGGACAUCGAAUCCAAAAUCCGCAUUGUUGGGCUCAGGAGCAAUGAAUGGGACGUGGAGACGAUUCAGACCACGAAGACGAACGUCUCGAAUCACCCACGCAUGCUUUCCUCGAGGGGAUCCUCCGUAGCUUCUGGAAGCUCCUUCCGGCCAGCGACUCUGGGCGGUCUCAGCUCUCGUAGUAACGGCAGCACAAGCAACGGCGGCAGCGAAGACUUCGAGAGUAUUCCUAAGGUACGGGUCAAUCCGAGGACGGGAAUGUCGGAAGUGGUUGGAUGGACCAAGCAGCGCAAGUCAAAGGUUGACGAUGAUAGUGCAAGUCUCCCGGAUUUGGUGAGCCUGUCCAUCGAUGGAAAGCUCGGCGAAGAUGACGAUGGCUCUGGACCUCCGCCGUCAUCGUCCAUGACCGAAGGUAGCGAUGAUCAGGAAGAGGACAGCGGAGACGACACUGAGACCGAGGAGAGUGUUCGCCAGACCAUCAAGCGGGAUCGCAACGAGAGCAAGGAGGAGAAGAAGGCGAGGAAGGAAGCAGCAAAGCAGCAAAAGCAGGAGAGGAAGAAGGAAAAGUCAGAGAGGAAGGCUGAAUUCGCCAAUGAGAGAAAGAGGCAAGUCAAGAUGGACGCCGGUAGGCUCAAAGAUGGAGGCGCGGCUGACUUGCGAGUUGGUGCUGGUAGGAAGCUGGGCUGAAGCGGGACCGACGCCUUCGGUACCAGUGCUUGGCAUCAUAUGUAAUUGUAAGCUGCUCCAUGUUUUCCAAAUGCAUCCGCAUGACACACA